UUUAGUGCUCACUUUAAAUAUUAAAAGCACUAACAGUGCUUUAAAAAAAUACUUAUUAAUUUAAUAUUUUAACAUAUCUAAAAUUUGUCUUUACAUAUCUGAUAAUUUCUUUAGUGUUCUCUGAUAUAUUGUUCAAUUUUGAUUCAGUUUUGAUUAAUUUUAAAUGUUUUAAAUCAUACGAUCUCAUCUUGUGAGAUAAAAGAGGAUACCCGUUUUUCAUUCAAUUUAAGAAGAAUGAUUAGAGAUAACCUCAUAACGAAUUUCUCCUUGCUUUCUCAAGAAUUAUUAUGGUAAAAGCAUGAAAUGAGCAAUUGUGUAUAAUUAAUGGGUUCUUCGAUUUGGAAAAUGGUGGUAACUGCGCGUUUACUAUUUCGCAAUGUAAACAAGACAUUGUGUCACUCUAAGCAUAUUAUUAAUUCUAACUCCAUGGCUACGGGAGAGUCAAGUGUCCACGCGAGCAAAGAUUGGAAAGUGGAGCUGCAUAACACCAUGAGAGUCCUACCGAAUUUUAUCAGUGAGGAAGAGGAAGAUAUCAUGGUGCAGGAAGUUGACCCUUACAUGAAGCGACUGCGCUAUGAAUACUCACAUUGGGACAAUGCGAUACAUGGCUACAGAGAAACCGAAUGGAAAAAAUGGAGCGAGAAAAGCUCGAAAGUUCUCGACAGAGUCCGCAGGAAAGCGUUUCCACCGGAAACAAUACAUCUUUCGCUCGUGCAUAUAUUAGACUUGGCUCCUGAGGGCUGGAUAAAGCCGCAUAUUGACAGUGUCAGGUUUUGCGGGGGCAUCAUCGCUGGAUUGAGUUUGCUGAGCGACAGCGUGAUGAAAUUGGCAAUGGAAGGGCAUGAAAAAGAACGCGUUGCAUGCUUCCUGCUGCCAAGGAGAUCAUUAUACAUCAUGAGCGGCGUCGCAAGAUACAAGUAUAAUCACGAGAUCCUCAAAUCUGAGGAAUCGUAUUUUGAAGGACGACACGUACCGAAGGGCAGGCGCAUCUCUAUAAUAUGCAGAAGUGAAGCCGAUCCCCAAGUCACUUGAUUUAUCAAAUUACAUAUAAAUUAGAAAUUGCAUUGUAACAAUACCUCAGUAAAAAUAUUAAAAAUUUAAUUGCAAUAAAGAAUUAUUAAUAAAAAA